AUGUCUUCAUAUUUUUCGUGGACCGGUGUUACGAGAGCAUGCACAAGACAGCCUAAAGUCGUAUAUUCAAAGAGCGGUCGCAAGCGAAGGGAUGGACGAAGCUGUUCCCUGCGAAGUAAAGUGAUUAAAAUGGAUUGCCGUAAAGAUCUGUCAUUGUUAGAUGCGUCGAAGUUUGGGGGUGCAGAGAUAAUUGUCCUUGAUCUACCUAAGGUAAAUGAUUUUCCACAAGUUAGCACCGAUUUCAAGCCAUAGCUAUAGUGUUAAUUCAAUUGUCCAAUAUUUAAAGAUUGCUACCCAUGUGCAAGUGAAGGACCUUGAAUGAGUAAUAAAAAGCUAGUUUGAUGAUUCAGUACGUGAUUUACUGAGAGGUUUUCAUGUUGUAGAUAUUGGAUGUCUCGCAAUAUCUUCGCUGAAUUGUCCAUUGUCUUUCUCUUGUUUGUUGGGUUAUUGCAUCCUUUUGUCCUAAUUUUCUGACCAAAGGACAUUAAUGCACAGUGCGAUUUGCUUCUAUUAAUUUUUUUCUGCAUUUAUUAGACUUGGACUGAGGAAGAUGUGACAAAAUUCAUUCGCACAAUGAAAAGCAUAAAUUUUAGAAAAAGUGUUACAGAAUGCCGAUUUGUGUUGUUUCCAACCUCCUCCCCAAAUGAUGUCAUACUGCAACAACUGGAUGUCGCCAAGUGCGCACUUGCUGCACUGAAGAUUGAUUGGGAUAUGGGAUAUUUCCAUAACCCAAGUUGUGCUGCCAAAGGUUUGUUUAACUACUAAUAUCGUUAUUUAAGCUAACAGUAGAGUGUAUCUUCAGUGCUCCCACUGUGGAUUUGACCGGUUUUAAUAUAUACUACCUUUUUCCUCCCGUAGAAAGUGUUUCAAUAUCCAAGACAGUGGUGCCGUUCAUGGUCACCAGAAUGUCCAAAACGUCCCGCAUGUUAACGGUGAAUGAUCUUUUCAGUGUUGAUGGUGAGCAAAUGGUGAAAGAGAAAGAUAAUGGCGAAGUAUACGAACGUCAGAAGCCGGUAAAACUAUAUUCUUCUUUAUUAGAAUUGUUUAUUCCGGACAAAUCUCUACAUGUCUUGGAUGCAUGUAGUGGGGCUGGAUCAUGUGCUGUUGCAUGCAAUGCAAUAAUAUUAACUAACUACAUCAUGAAUAUAUAUAGUGUGCUCCGUUUGGCAGAUUUGUGGUUUGUUUACAUUUUGACUUCAAGGACAAUGGCAACAAAAAUUUUUAUUGGCUAUUUCAAUCCAACUUGACGACCUAACUAUGAAAAUAUUAUCAUUUCCUUCUCGAACAUUUUAGUCUACGAGAAAAAUGCAUGCAAACUUUGUGUUUCGCCGCCAUCUUGGAAAAUAUUUUUGGAAAAUUAUCUCGAACUUUGUGACGUUAUUAGAUGGGUAGCACUAAAACUACAAGAGAGAAUUAUAUUGCGUGCGUGUUAUGUUAGCUAAAAAUAUGUCGUUUUUGAGCGUUAUACUGGCAAACACUCUUCGCAAUUCUACAUUAUCAGAUAAAAACAUAUCGAGCGACUGGGAAAGGCAAGGAAUGUCAAAGUGCACUACGCGUGAUAAUACUCGGUAUUGUUUAUAGUCAUGAAAUUGUGUUUACCCAUCUAAUGACGUCACAUAAUGUAUGUUGUGGCAUAAAUUGACCACUUGCGUAAUAGACUAAAUUUUGAUCUAUACAAAAAUUUCAUCACAUGCAGCUUGAAAGAGCAUCACAAAAUUAGUAAUAUUCCAAAGUUUCGUUGCGAAAUGUUAUAAAAUGCGGAUAAUAUAGCCUUGCGAAGUUUGCAAUUUUCAGUCAUUUUAGAAUACUAACGGAAAAUUGACAGCCCAAUACCCUUUGAGGCUGUCAAUUUCCCGUUUGUAAUCUAAAAUGACUGAAAAUUGCGAACUUCGCAAGGCCAUAUUCGCAUUUUACAACAUUUCGCAACGAAACUUUGGAAUAUUACUAAUUUUGUGAUGCUCUUUCAAGCUAUGAUGAAAUUUUUGUCUAGGCUUGUUUAGAUCAAAAUUUAGUCUAUUACGAAAAUGGUCAAUUAGCAUACACGUUUAUUUUCAAAAUGGCGGACAACUGUUGAACUUUUUGUUAAAUUUUCUCAACAACUAAACGCGACAAACCGGCAAAAAUAUGAAAUUAAAUAUUCCAUAAGUAUACCUAAUAGAUAUAAGUAAUAAACAUUUUGGUUGCCAAUGUCCUUUAACUGCCUCUAUAAGUUUAUUACGUGAACAAAUUAAUAUUGCAUGUAUCAAGUCCUGUUAUAGAUGUUGUUUCAAUAUUAAUUAGUCAAAAUUAAAAUAUUCAGAUUUUCAACUUGUGUUUGAUUCAAAUAAAUUAAGGCAAUCUCUAAAUUUCUUCAUGCCAACUGUUUUUUAAUGUCUUUAAUCUUUAUUGCAAAAGUUUGGUUUGAAUAUAUUCACGCGAAAAGAUUGGUUUCAAUAUUUCACACCAACGUUUUGCUUUGAUUAUUAUUAGUUUGACACCGUGCAAUUUGGUAUGAAUAUUGUCACGCCAUGAUUUUCGUCUGAAUAUUUUCACUUCAUAUUUUAGUCUGAAUAUUUUCACGCCAAAAUUUUGGUCUGA